GCUAUUUAUAGUAGCAAUAAAUGCCGGACAGGGACACGUAUCAAGCAUCCAUUGGCCGAGAGGUCACCUCAUCCGGUUGGCGCUGGCAAACGCAUGUGGCCGCAUUUAAUGCGGCUGUUGGAUGGGACGUUGUACAGGGUACGGUGACCUGUACGCAUGUGAGGCGGACAUCAUGUCGGGAGAGGUUCCCUCGGCUGCAGAGGACUAGUCGAGGGCUCUUGGUGCCGAGGACCCCUGAGUGCCGAGGGCUCCAGAUGCCGAGGGCUACUGUUUUCUGUCGUUUUUCUCCCAGUUUCUUAGUUUGCUUGGAAAACCCAUUCUGUGAGAGUUUAGAGCCUUCGGCCGGGGGGGCGAAGGCACCCUUAGUGCGCUUUGCGGGCUGCUUGGUACUCUGGGCGCUGUGAUUUGGGCCUGUUGGGCCUUUUGGGCCCGUUGGGCUUUCACUGGAGUAGUAGGAGUCUGUGGGCCGGGUGUUCCCGGGCCAUAUACUCCAUCAGGAGUCCCUCACUCCUUUUGCCGAAAGGUACUUGAGGGAAAAGGAGUAAUUUGUGUCUUCUGAGGUUGGUUUGUCGCUUGCAUGUCCCUGCCGAAGGCAGUCCCUCAGUUACCCACAUGUCGGGACUUGAGGGCUUGCUUUGCCGUUUGUUGGAAAUUUUCACCAUUUUGUAAUUUUAGUGAUUUUCCCGAGGGGGUCCUCCAGUCCCCCACUCCUUGAGGCACUUGUAAAUUGGUGAAAAGGAGUAGAGUAGUUGCGUUGCUGUUGUGGGCCGAAGGCUGACGCUUUUCGUUUCAUUUUGGGGGGAUGCCUCGUUAAAAACCUCAUUAGGAAAAACCCUGUGGGAAAAAAUCCUAAUGAUGGAAAAAGAGUGCACUGAAUUCCCCCAACGAUGAAUCGAAAAUGUGAAACCUUGGUCAAAAAUGGAGAAUAACGGUAAUGCCGAAGACUCUCUUUUUCUGAGGGCUCAUGUGUUGAUUAGCCGAAGGCUUGCUGUUGAUGUCCUGGGCGGUGCCGAAGGGGAGCCCCUCAAUCUGGGGAUCGAGGGCAUGAUGGAUGAGGGCAGUAAUUGAAUUGUCGCCGGGGGGUCCCCUGCUUGCUGGUUAGUUGGUGAUGAGGAUACCCGAGGGCUUCCAUUACCUAUGUAUCGUAGGCUAUCCGUCAAGGAGGCAUACUCCCCGGGGGCUACCCCGGUCCUUGCAGUACUGAGGGGAAUCCCCGAGGGGUGCCUGAUAUGAAGCCUUGGGUUUCUGAAGGAGUGAUUCCUAAGGCGUCUGUUAUGUACUGUGUAGGGCACAAACCGGGGGCGUCUCUGGGUAAGUGUACCCGGAGGCUCUCCUUGAUGAAGUGGAGUGAGGUAAAACACCCGGGGGCUUCCAGAAUAUAUCCGUUGGAAAUAUAGCCGUUGGAAUAUGUAUCGGCAGGAUGUAGCCGUUGGGGGAGGAGGACACGUGGCGCGUGACGGUUGGCUGCCCGUGGGCGGCGUCAUCGGUUGGGUGAAAACGCGGUGCGUAAUGAUGACGCUUGGCCGGAGGCCCAGUUUUAGGGCCCAAGCCCGGAUUCUGGAGUCUAUAAAUACCCCAUGGCCAGACCAUUCUCCUUGUGCGUCCGAUAUCGUUAGCGAAGCUCUGCCAAAUUUUCUAGAGAGAGAAAGCUCAAGCCCCCGGUCAAAACUCAGCUUUCAAGGUCAGUGUCCUGCUUUCCUCUCAAAACUUUUAGUAAGUUUCGCCCUCUGGCCUUAGAUUAGGGUUAGAGUCCUGUAGAAAGCCUUCGAAACCUCAGGUGCGUACUUUGUCAAAAAUGUCGUCCGCGAGCGAUUCCCAGGACAUCUCGAGGGAGCCCUCAGUCGAGGAUGAAAGCAUCUCCGACGUGGAGUCCAGUAGCAGUCAGCCCUCGGAUGGUGGUGAUGCAGCUCUCGCCACCGAGGUGCAGAAGGAUCUGGUGGCCGAGGCCGAGGCGGAGGAGUUCGAGCGAACCGUCGAAGAUGAGGAGUUGGCCCUCGCCGUCCAAGUUGCUGAGGAGGAAGAGGAAAAGGAGAGGGCGAAGGUUACUGUCGUUGUUCUUCCCCCCGGGGUGCUGGUGAAGGAAGUAGCUCUAGGCCACUGGACCCGACGCCGUUAAGUGUAGCCCCCGGGAAGAAGAGGAGGAAGACGAAGGCUGGCCCCCAGAAGAAAGUAAGGCCCGUUGAUCUGCCGGAUGGUCACUCCUUCCUGGACACCGCCGCUCUGGAGAUUAAGUCCCAAGCUGACAAGGCGGACUUCUACAUCACCCAGUUGCAUGUAGGGCCCUCGGCCGUAGUAGUCGAGCCAGGUCCUGAUGACGUGUUGUCCCGGCCCCCCGAGGGAUGUAUAGCCGUGCACGUGCUCUCGGUUUCAAUGGGCCUCCGGUUCCCUCUCCAUCCGUUCCUCCGGGAGUACCUGAGAUACACUGGCCUGGUUCCCUGUCAAUUGACCCCCAAUAGCCACUCAUACAUAGCUGGGUUCGUGAACCUGUGCAAACUCCGGGGGGUUACACCGAGCUUGGAGUUAUUCUUCCAAAGUUUUAACCUGUGCCGGGGGGGGGGGGGGGGGGGCAUACUAAUGCCGAGGGCUAUGCAAACUUACAGCAGAUAGCCCAGUUCAAACUGUUCACCGAGGCCCCUUCUUCCAACAAAGGGUGGAGAGAGCGAUGGUGCUAUAUCAGACUGACCGACAGCCCUUUCCCGAGGGAGUUGCAGAAUCUCUUUCGGCGCCACGUGAAGGUCAAGAGUGCCGCCCUCGAGGAGGAUGGCCUGAAGAUUGCCAAGAUUCCAGAGGGUCGGAAAAAGAACAUAACCAUCAAGGAGUGCACCCUCAAGGAAGACCUAUAUGCCCUCGGAUUCCUGAGGUAUCGGUUCAUUGGGGAGACCGAUGAGAAGUAUCCCCUCUAUGAUAAAGCCUUCGGGGGAGCAGGAGGUAGUGGCCGAGGGCUACGACUUUUAUACUUAGAAUUUUUUUUGUCAUGUUUGUCGUUGUGUCUCUGACCCCUCGGUUCUAACCUUUUAACUUGUUGUUGUCGUUCUUUGCAGGUAGCAAGAUGAAUGCCAAUGCUCUGUUUGCAAAGAGGAAGGGCAAAACCCAGGCAAAGAAGAAGGGGCCCUCGGGCCAGAAGCCAGCCGAUGCGUUUUUCCCGAAGGACGUAGAGCCUUCUGCUGAGGAUGUCAAUGCUGCUGAGGGGACCGGGGGGUCGAAGGCCGAGGCGGCCGUGAAGAAGAAGAGGAGUGGUAAGGGGGUGGAGCCCCCUACCAAGAAGCAGAAAGCCGCCGGGGGCGCUGUUGAGGGGGCGGCCCCCCUCAUAAUUAUUGAUGACAUGCCCUCUACUGAUGGGCCUCUGGCCUCGGCCACCCCGAAGGCUCCGGUGAAUCUCCCCCCGGAGGAAUUACCCCGGGAGAUCCUUCAACUCUCCCUUGCCCCCGGUGCUUCACUGAUGCACGGUACUGCCGAGCCGAGGGCCUUCCUGCGGGGCAUCACCUCGAAGAUGGAUAGAGAAGUCUUCGAGACAUACGAUGAUGAUGCCCUCGAGAACAGGAUCCUCCGGUCCUCUCUCACCGCCUGCAUAGCCCUCGGGGAACAGGCCCGGAGGCGUGAGGAAUGGCGCCUUCACGAGGCCGAGCAAGAUAAGAAGAUGGAGGGGCUGAUUCGCAAGAACUCUGAAGCGAUGAAGCAUGCUGCGCAGCUGGAGGAGGCCCUCCGGGAGGCGAAGGCGGCGGCGGAGAAGGCCAAGGCCGAUGGCAUAGCCGAGGGCAAGGCAGAGGCCGAGAGGGUUGCUGCCGAGGCGGCGAAGAAAGCUGCCGAUGAGGCCAAAACCGCCAAGGAGGGAGAUGUGGCCAAGGCCCGAGAGGAGGCAGUUGCUGAGUUCCUUGCUGAGGGCUGGAGGGCCGAGGGCCAUAAGGAGUGGGUGGCCUCCGUGGUGGCGGCCUCGGUGGAUGCUUGGGUAGAAGGCCCCGGGGUUGACUGGCUGACAGAUAUGGGCGACGCCUACUAUCAGGGGGGUGAAUUCUUUACCCAGCAUCUGAUUUACCGGAGGCUCGCCAGGCACUUUGGCGUAUCCCUCGACCAAUUUGACCCCUCAGCAUACGGCCUCCCUCCAUUGCAACCAGAUGUGAGAGUUCCCCUCCCCCCGGGCGAAGAGCGGCCGACGAUAUACGACUCUGUGAUGAUGGGGGGUGAUGGGGGCGGAGCCGUCGGAGGUGAUGCUGCUGGGGAAGAAGUCUCCUCCAAAGCCGCCGUAGAAGAUGUCCUCGGGGAUAAUGAUGUUAAAGUCACAGAGAAGAUUUGUACUUAGUCAAUUUUUGAAAAAUCUUUGUAAUGAACCUUUGUCACCCCUCGGCUUUGGCCCGUAUGUAAUAGUUACACUGACUUUCCUUUUUGUGAUGAUUGAUGGGUGAGUGUUAGCCUUCGGGCAUUGUAUAUAUACAUGACUUGUUUGCUUUAAUUCAUUCCUCCUUGAAUGUAUGCCGUC